AUGCUCAAACAACUCAACCCUGCCAAGUCUCGUGUCUUCGGAAUGAUGAAAACUUGCAACAAGUCAUCAGUAUUCUUUAAUAAUUUGAUUAAAUCAUCAACUGGUAGUACUACUAUUGUAAAUAUUAGAAAUUUGACAACAGCUGUUGAAGUUCCUUUUGGAGAUCAUUUAGCAGUGUUUAAGCCUCUCACUCAGGAAUAUGUAGAUCAGGCAAUUUUAUUAACUUGUCAUACAUUUUCAGAGGCUGAACCAAUUAAUAGAGCACUGAAAGCUACACCACUUGAUAUGUUUCCUACAGCCAAGCAUUUUGUUACAAAUGCUGCAAAGGAAGGAUUGGGACAUGUUGCAAUUGAUAAUCAAACUGGAAUGGUGGUUGCUGUAGUUUAUAGUGAGGAUUUUGUGAAGGCUCAUUCCGAUAAUUUUACUCAUUCUGAAAAGUAUGCAAUUUUGAAUUCUCUUUUCGAACAAUUGCAUUCUCAAUAUUUCAAUUCAGAACAUUCUCAAUUUGAUGAAGAUUAUUUUUCUAAGAAGGAACAUUAUGGAGAAAUUUUGCAUGUUAUUAUUGCUGGUACCUAUAAUUUUUACAGGUCUAAGGGAUUGAUUCGAGAACUAGUAAAAACUCACUUGGAACAUUGUAAGGCAAAAGGAUUUAAACAUGCGAUGGCUGAGUGCAGUGGAGAAUAUUCGAGAAGAGCAUUCGAAAAAUUAGGAUUUGAAUCAAAGGCCAAAGUUUUUUACAAUGAUUUCAAAGUAAAAGAUAGGGUAACAGGCCUUUUCCAAAGACCAUUUCAGGAUAAGAUUCCACAACCUCAUGUUUCAAUGGACAUGGUAUGGAAACACAAUUUGUAG